AUGGCCAAUAAUGUUGAAUCCAACCCUUUCACCAACUUUUUGGGGAAGAGUGUCGAAUGGAAGGUAGACAACGUGUCUUUGGUUGUACAAGAAGUGUUAGAGUUUCAUGGUGUCAAGGAAGUUGCCAAAAUUGUCUUCAGUCUGUCACGUGAGUACACGUUUUAUCUUCUGAUUGUGAUCACACCCGUGUCUCUGUUGUCCGUGAUGAACGCCUGUGCCUUCCUUCUGCCUGUAGAGUCGGGAGAGAAGAUUUCCUACCUCAUAUCAAUCCUCGUCACGUACGCUGUGUUCCUUAACUUCGUCAUUGAAGUGUUGCCCAAGUCUGGAGUUCCGUCCCGCCUCGCCAUUUACCUGAUCCUGGUAUUCUGCCAAAGUUGUGCCGCCAUCUUGACCACACUUGGCCUCCUCAACCUGUAUCACGGAGCAGACGACAAUAUGCUUCCCAGCACAGAGGCGACACCUGUCAAGAAGAAAUCUCUGUCUGGAGACGUUGUUGAUCUCGAUAAACUGAGUGCAAGGGUGCCUCCAACUGAAGUCAGUGAGGCGAAAGUCCCGAAGACAAGAGGGAAGAAAUGGAUCAAAUCACUAGAGAGAAGACUAUUCUUGGUUUUCCUGGUAUUGGCCUUGUCGUCCUUCAUUAUUCUGUUCGUGUAG